AUGAACCCUUCGGACUCGGACCACGAACAGCAGGAGCAGCCUCGAGCUCCAUCCAUCGUCCUCGCCAAUACUCCCAUCACAGCGAACCAUCCCGCAGCACCACGACGAGAGCCCGAGGCAGUCGAACUGGGCCGGAAACGCAAGUUCGGAGAAUAUGACGACAGGGACGAGGGUGAGGGCGAGGACGAUGAUGGAGAUGGAGAUACGGAGACGAUUAGUUCCGAUGGCGAAGGCCCGACGUCCAUCAUCGCUCCCGGUGGUGUUAAUUCGCGCUCCUCCCAAUCGACGCCACCAUCCAAACGUCACCACCCCGACUCCGAUGGACAUGAUUCGUCUGAAGAAUUUCCCUCGAGUCAUAUCACCCAGGCCUCCAACUCUGAUGUCCGCGCCCUUCACGCUCAACAUUCUUCUGGGACUUCAUCCCCGUCCAAUGUUUCUCUCCUCCUCUCUUCCUCUACUGGCAGUGGCAAUGCGAAUCCCAUCGCAACUUCCGAGGCCCAAACCGUCCGUUCAACUACAACUAUCACCUCGGAAGGACAUCCUCCGUCUACGCUGCAGUAUUAUGGUGAUAUGUCGGCCAUCAGUGCUAUAGCUGUCGGUAAUGACGGCCCAUACUCUGACGCCGACAGGAGGGACAACACGAGUCCCAGUCCCAUCGAGGAGAUCACGACCGAAGGUGCGCGGGGCCUCAACCGUGACGAUGCCAGUACUAGUACUAGUCUUCCACGUCCGAGUCCCGGUUUCACAUCUACCUUCAAUGGCCGCCCAUGCCCAUCCAUCUUCAAUGGCCGUCCAUGCCCAUCAACUUCCAACGCCCUGCCGCCGACGUCAAACGGAAACGGAAACGGAAACGGGGGAAACGAUUUCUUCAUGAAUUUCGUCGCUAGCCAAAUGCGCGCGAAUCGUGCCGCGUCGGAGGCUGAGCAUGCUUUCUUGAGCUCAUUAUUUAAUCCGCACUCGCGUUCUGGUUCUGGUUCGAGCACGGGCACGGGCACGAACUUUUCUGCCGCAUUUGGGCAGCACGGCGUCAACGUCCACUCAUUCACCACUGCCAGUGUUCCGGUCGUCCCAGUCGUUUCUCGAUCCGUUCCUGUGGUGCAGGCACAGCCUUUCCUUGCAUUGACACCGCCCUCUCUUCCUCUUCCUCACACCUUCCCUCACACCUUCCCUCACACCCUCCCUCACACCCUCCCUCUCCAGACCCCACCUCAACCAGUCUACACUCUCGCGUACGGCCACGCCACACCGACACCGACACCCACCCUCCUUCCUACGACCACGAACAUUAACAACACUUCCCUGCGCAGCGUCCCUCCCCUGGCAUAUACAUUGCCGACGCGGGUCACCCGGACUCUAAAUCAGACCCAUCCAGGCGGCGCUCCAGGACUCCUAGGCUUUCACGCGCCGUCUUACGCCUAA